AUGCGUGAAGCUUUCCCAAGUCUUCCAUUUGAUCACAUUACCGACGAGAAGCUGCUACUGUCGACUGGCCGUCCGCCGCUGGCGCUGGCACCGACGGCGACGGCCCACGCGGACCACCAGGACCGGAAGCUGACGAUCAUCGGUGGAAAGAUAAUAAUUAAUCGUGAGGGUGAAACAAUCCGGCACCGAACACUGGUGGAUAACGACGGCGGUCGGCAGCAGCAGCAUCAGCAGCACAGGAAGAAUGCUGUACUUGAUACUGACGACCCAGCACAAAGCCACGCUGGCCAUCUGCCAGCACCAGUCCACUCGCCAGCAGCAGCAGCAGCAGCAGCGUCAACCACGGCCACGGCGGCUUCCACGGUGGCGGCGGCGGCUACGGCGGCCGCCAGCUCCUCCGCUCAGCACGUGGCCGCGUCGGCGGCGGCUGCCGCCACGGCCACGUUCUCGACGACCGCGGCCACCAUCUCGAACGCGGCCACUGGCAGCGGCGGCGGCGGCGGAGGCGGCACACUAGUGGCGGCGGCCAUCACGGUGCCCUUCUCGGGCGAGCUGGAGGAGCUGCAGAAUAUACUGCACUUCCCGGAGGAGGUGGCCCUCCGCAUCACCGACAUGGAGUACCAGCUGUUCUACCAGGUAUCGCCGGUGGAUUUUAUCAACGAUGCCAUUUAUGAGCUGCAGAAGGAACGGUGGCGUGGUGGCGGCGGCGGCGGAGGCAGCGGAGGCGACGGCGGCGGUGGCGGUGGUGCGCCGCACCUCAAGUCACCCUUUAGUAGCUUUACAUCACUGAGUCCCAUACGCAAACGAUUCGAUGAGACCAGCGCGUGGACCAACUAUAUUGUCCUCUCACAAGGUACACAAGACGAACGAAAAGCGGCCUUUGCAUGUCUGUUGCGUGUUGCUAUUUCAUGCUGGAACAUCGGAAACUUCAAUGGUGCUAAAGAGAUAGUGGAUGGUCUAAAAUCAAUCAAAAAGGAAGCAUUCUGGACGUCGGCCACGGAUCGAACGGGACGGAACACGGUGUACGAGUUUCUGACGACCGUGUUCGAUAGCCUCGAGUACGAGAAUGCCGUCACGAGGGCACUGGGUAUCGCCACGUGUCGCAUGAUACCGUACUUCCGGAAUCACGUCGAUGAAAUCAAAACCCUGCUCCGGACCGUGCCCCAGCAGCAGCAGCAGCAGCAGUCGGCCGGAAGCGAGCCCGGAAGUGAGCUUCCGGUCAGUGAGAAGUACUUUCUCGGGGACUGCAAGCCACCGUUGCCGCUGCGCGAGGAUGAGGAGUUCGUGGCCCGCUUGUUGUCGCUCGAGCUUCCGAUUGACAUGCGUCCACGGACACCGGUCCCAGGGGCGGACGAGUCCACGGAACCGUUGCUGGUGUCGGACGACGCGAACGAACCCACGCCGGACGACGGGGAGCUGGUGGAACAGAUCCGCGCCCGUACCGAGUUGAGCGUCGGCAGACUGGCGGCCUUCAUCGAGCACCACGAUCAGCUGUGCCGGGAGCUACCGCACAGCCUACUGGAGUACCUACGGGCGGCGGCCAACAGUCCGCGGCAAACGAAAACCCCAAUCUACCAGCCGUCGAACCUGCAGGAGCAGGAGGAGGACUACGAGGUCGAGAUCGGCAACUACAACCCGGUGCAGCCGCUGUUCUACGAUCACGGCAUCAGCAUCAUCCCGCUGGCGGCGAACAAAACCAACGCCAUCGAUCACCACGUACUGCAGAUUCUGCACCACGGGACCACGUGCGUGCUGUGGGACACGGAGACCCCGUCGGACCGGUCGUCCUACGUGUACCUGCGGCUCGAGCGCUCCUGUUCGUACGUCUCGUGGCAGAAAACGGCCUGGCGGCGGAUCAAAUCGCAGCAGGACUUUAGCCUUAACGUGAACCCGGAGGAGAUUGUGGCGUGGAAGUUCGCCAAUCGCUAUGCAUCGAACAUCGGCGAGCUGGAGGCGGGCCCGCAGUGCCAGAACCUGGACGAGGGGGGCCUGGAUCUCGGCACGAUCAAGGAGAUCAACAUGGGCUCCCGGAACCACGAGUACGACGCGGAGAUACUGGCCGCCGGCAAGCGCUUCGGUCUCACGCACGUCGAGUGCUGCGUCACGCUCCUGUACGGGAGCUCGGCCAGCGAGAACCGGAUCCUGUGCAUCCUCUGCCCGCCGAUGCUGUGCCGGGCGUGGUACGUCGGGCUGAACUGGAUGCUGCGGGGUAUCCGCCGCCAACAGAUCCUCAUCGACCGGUCGAUGCUGUGGCUGAAGGAGCUCUACAUCCAGCUAUACCUCGACGAGGGCGCUUGCAGCGAACCGACCGUGGCCGAUGCGAUCAAAGCAUUCGGGGGUCGCUGCUAUGGUCUGUCCUCGAUCAAAUCGUCAUCGGGGACGCAACUCAACGAUACGGGCGACCAACCGUCGUCGGCGGCAGCGGCGGCCGCUGCGGCUUCCGCCUCUAAGAAGGACUCCUCGAUCACCAAGAUGCGCAAGAAGCGCUCGGUCGUCAACCUGCUGAAUCAGGCCAAUCAGCAGGCACCGAUUGGUGCCGGCAGUGGCAGUGGAGGCGACACGACACCCUCCGACUCGAUGCUGCUGGACACGCGCGUCGACUACCGGACGCGCUCGAUCGAGCGGCGGACGCGCGAACGGAACGGCUCGAACGAUCAGCUGUGGCAGAACGUGAAGCACCUCCGGAUCGGCUCAGUUACCUACGAUACUCAAUUAGAUUUUUUAAGCUUUGUAUCACUCUAUCGAUCGUUUAGUUUAAUUGCCCGGCAAGACCUGCGUGAUAUCUUCGAUCAACUCUCGGUGACGACCAUCUCGAGGACGGCGCUGAACGGCGAAAAGAGCCGCAGUGCGCCAGAGCUGUCGGAGGCGAUGGUGAAGCGGAAAAUCGGCCUGCUGACGCGCAACUGCUCGCUGGACAUGGACCUGACGGAGGCGAAGCACACGCAGAAGCGGUACUUUGAUGCGAUAGCGGCGUCGAGCAUCGCGCACAUCGCCACGGCCUCGAGCAGCGACUUCCUGUCUUGCAGCAACAAGGUCAUUACGAUAUCGACGCUGAAAAAGUUCCUCGAAACCCGCCAGAUGGAAAUCAAAACCGAUGAGGAUGUGAAAGCCAUUAUACAGCGCCACGAACCGGAGGCCGCCCAUCGCAUCGAGAACUGUCUGAGCUUCGAGGGGUUCGCCCGGUACAUGAUCGACAAGGACAACUACGCGUUCCUGAGCGAGAUUAUGCCGGAAAGCACCUACAUGAACCUGCCCCUGUCGCACUACUACAUUGCGUCCUCGCACAACACGUACCUGACCGGGCACCAGCUCAAGGGCGAAAGUUCGGUCGAGCUGUACAGCCAAGUGUUGCUAACAGGCGCACGGUGCGUGGAGCUCGACUGCUGGGACGGCGACGACGGGACGCCGGUCAUCUACCAUGGGCACACGUUCACCACGAAGAUUCCGUUCCGGGCCGUCGUAGAAGCAAUAAAUAAAUCUGCCUUCAUCCAAUCUUCCUACCCCGUGAUACUAUCCAUCGAGAACCACUGCUCGGUGCAGCAGCAGCAGCGGAUGGCCAACAUAUUCCAGGCAAUCUUCGGCGAGAAGCUGGUGACCAACUUCAUGUUCGAUCAGGACUACAGCGACGAACCGUAUCUGCCGUCGCCGCUGGCGCUGAAGCACAAGAUUUUGAUCAAAAACAAGAAGCUCAUCGUCGAAAUACCGGCCACCUUAUCAACCGGACUGUCACGACAGAAUACGUUCAAACAAUCGAAUUUAUCCAGCAGAGCCAGUUCAAUUAUAUCCAACACUAGCGGUAGUUCGCUGAACGAGGAGUUUAGCGAUGACGAGUACGAGGAUGACGACGAUUUUGACAAUAUUGAUGAAAAAACAUAUCACACAACUUGGGGAUCAAUAGAAGAUAAGUAUAGGCAUAGCGUGUGUCACUCCAACAUCACACCGACAAAGUCGAAGGCCGACCAGGACGAGCGAUCCCGCAAGCGCAGCAACCAGAUUGCCCGCGAGCUGUCCGAUCUGGUGAUCUACGUGCAAGCAAUAAAGUUCCGCGGCCUGAACGCCUACAGCCCGCACAACUCAAUACGUGCCAACCCGAAGCAGCAGCAGCAGGCCCAGCCGAGUCAGGCGCCGCAGCAGCCACAGCCGGACCGCGGCCAGCCAGCGCAGCAGCAGCAGCAGCAGCAACAGAGUGUGCUCAAGUCGAGCGGUUCCGUCGUGACGGUGGGGAGCAUCCUGAAGAACAGCUCGGGCGAUACGCUCAGCUUGCCGUCGUCGAGCCACCUGUCGGACAGCCUGUCGCUGAGCUACGACGCGGCCAGCAUCAGUGGCAGCGAGUCGCACCUCCCGCCGUCCUCGUCCGCGAACUCCGCGGCCCGCCAGCGCACCAUGGCCAACGCGAACCACCCGUGCUACCAGUGUUCGUCGAUCAACGAGGCGAGCGCCAAGAAGCUGUGCCGCAAGGAUCCGCUGGGGCUGCUGGCGCACACCGAGUCGCAGCUGAUGCGCACCUACCCGGCCGGGCUGCGGAUCGACUCGUCCAACUUCAACCCGGUGUUCUUCUGGUCGUUCGGCAUCCAGAUGGUGGCGCUCAACUACCAGACCGAGGACAUUCCGAUGCACAUCAACAAGGCGAUGUUCGAGGAGAACAACAGCUGCGGGUACGUGCGCAAAGCGGACGUCCUGUGGAACCGGUCGCACCUGAUGUACCGCCGGUUCAGCCCGCUCGAGAAGGAGUUCGACGGUCUGCACGUGACGCAGCUCGUGCUGAACAUCGUGUCGGGCCAGUACCUCAACCAGGCCGGUCUCUACUCGAGCACGUUCGUCGAGGUCGAGCUGCUCGGCAUUCCGGUCGACUGUGGGAAGCGCAAGACGAAGACGAUCCGCAAGAACUCGUUCAAUCCGCUGUGGAACGAAACGUUCUACUUCAAGAUCAUGUUCCACGAUCUGGCGUUCGUGAAGUUCAGCGUGUACGAGGCCGACUCGGGCCUGGUCAUUGCGCAGCGCGUCAUCUCGCUCAAGUGCAUCCGGCCCGGCUACCGGCACGUGCGGUUGCGUUCCCCCACCAACCAGCCGCUCAACAUGGCCUCGCUGUUCGUGUACACGCGCGUCGAGGAGGAAAGCCUCGAUCGGUCGUACGACGAGAUCGACGAGCAGUACGUGCUGCAGCGGAUCGACAAGAGCCGCGCCACCGAUCGCGAACCGGGAUCGGGCGAGGUGCCGGCGGUCCUGUUCGAGUCGAGCCGCCUGUCCGACGGCCUCGCGAGUCGCGAGACGAAAGUGCCCCAGCUGAAGCGGAAAAUGUUUUUUCUCACCGUGUACGACGUGGUGCCGGACAAGCCGUACACGAUCCUGAAGAUCACCCAGGAGAGCACCACGAAGGACGUGCUGACGCAGGCGAUGGCCAAGAUGAACAAGUCGACCGCGGACAUGUCCAACUUUAUCCUCAUCGAGGAGGUGUACCGGGGCUGGGAGAAGAAGGACCGGCUGCUGCCCCCGAGCCAGCGGGUGCUGGACCCGACGGAGAAGCCCCUGCAGGCGCAGGGCCACUGGAAGGGCGAGGGUCGCUUCAUCCUCAAGCGGAUCGGUAACGAUCCGAGCAGCCGCGCCUGGGUGACGUCCAUCCGGCGGUCCACCGAUCGGCGCGCCUCGAUCGCCGCCGCGUCUAUGGUCCCGGGUGGCGGGCCGGGUGGCGGUCUGGGAGGAGCGGCUGGCAAGGAAGCAACGGCCGACGAUCUGCUGGCACUGGAGAACCUGGACAACUUCCUCGUGUGCGUGUACAACGUGUCGCAGGACAUCCCGUACGCGAUUCUGCGCGUGCCGAUGAAGUCGACGGCCCAGGACGUGCUGGCGCAGGCCCUCCUGAAGGCGCGCCGGCUCGACAACCCGAACAACUUCGUGCUGGUCGAGGAGCUCAACUACAGCAGCAAAGGCAACGACACGAUGCAGCGCAUCCUGCUGGACGACGAGAACGUGUACGUGACGCAGGCCAACUGGAAGACGAUCGGGCGCUUCGUGAUACACGAGCGCAGCCAGCUGACCCCGUCGACGAUCCGCAAAACGAUCCUGCCGAUCGAGAAGAUCAGCCGGGGCUUCAGCAUCAGCCGCGGGUCGUCCUCCUCGUCCACGUCGGUCCACUCGCUGGCCUCCAAGUCACCGAUCCAGGUGGCGCUCAGCGAUCCCACCGCGUCCUCGUCCUCCGGGGGUCGUGGCUUCAAGGCGCGCGCCGGCCACGAGCACCAGGCGGCCGGGACGACGGCAGCCAAGUCGGGACGCCACCACGGGCACGGUCGCACCAAGUUCUGCUCGGAGAAGGACACCUCGUUCUCGAGCACGAGCACCGGCAGCGGUACGUCCAAGUCCGCGGCCAACCGCCGCGAGGUCCACUCCGAGGGCGAAACGCUCAGCGACGAGGAAGCGAAGGAGUCGGACAUUAUCUCAACGAUGUCGCGCUUCAAGCGCAUGUCGAUCAAGAAACUCAAGUCCUGGAAGUCCUAACUCGCCUGGACACUCUAGCGCACUUACCGUACGCCGUUUUUGCAUCUCUAGCUUUAGCUUUCUCACCUCAUCUGCCACACACACUCACACGUAAACACGCUAUCACGCUAUCACCGGAGAUCGCCACCGCACAAAGAGAUCGAGCCGCCAAUUGCAGCACUACUCUCCGAUCCCCGAGUGAUCCCCGAAAGUGUACAGGCUUCUAGGCGCGGAGCAGGAGCUAGAAAGGUGUCAGAAACCACUGCUACCGCUCCGGCUCCAGGAUACUUACGGCUCUCUAAGUGGCUCCCGUUGGGCACCGGACCCAAGGCCACACUACCCGACAUUGUUAAGGCGCUCUCUUCUGCAGUUUACUUCAGUUUCGACGCGCCCGCAAACUAGGAGCGUUAGGGGCCCGAGGUGUAGAGUUUAACAAGAUAGUAGUAGUGUAUUUUAAUCGUUCAUUCACACACCCGGCAUCGUCUGCCCAGCCCAACCGACAGAAGAAAGGGAAUGGACGCGACUCCUAAUGAUAGAGGAAAACCCUACAUGGCAAGUAAAAUGCGGGCGCUCCCUGACCCGGCGCGCGAGGAUUACGGUAGUAAACAAGAGGCGCAUUGUGCGUCGAACCUCUAGCAGAGACCCCCACACACUUUAUGCGCGCUCCUUAAAUGCAGCAAACACGUUAAAUAAUAACUUAUAAAGCAAAACGUUAAUAAAUUUAGUACGCUAACGAUUUCACGCUAACGGGGGGGGCGCGCGUGCGCCGCGCAAGUUGAUAUUGAUUAUGAUAAAGAAGGCCAGAGAAGGUCGUGGCGCAGAUGUAGCGAGUAAUGUAGGUCAACCGAACAAGAGAAUGAACGAAAUGAGCCGGAAAACCGAGAAACAAACUAUGUGAUAAUAAAGAAAAGUUUAAAUUGGAUAUACAGUUUUUGACGUAUCAGAUUGAGACCUAUUCUUUCGGAACCUAACUAACUAGACACACAAAAACACAUUGAACGAAUAGUAGCGAAACCGUAGCUAAUAAGUAACAGACAAAACCAAAACUAUAUUUUAUAUACACCUUCUUACACGUACACACGUACAAAAACACACGUUUACAUAGGACACAUACAUUAUACACACGGAUCAGGAACACAAACAAUCACAUGUACUCUCAGAAACAAACCGCAAAAACCAAUGUUAGGCAGGUCUAUUGUUGAGCAGCUUAGUGAAAUACUCAAAGGCAUAUUACCAACACAAACAAACAAACAGAGCAACAACAGCAAAGCUGAAAGAGCCACUGUACCAUAUUCCCUGGAGGAACCUGGAAACUAAAGGAACAUAAGGAAAAACCAAUCAAACAAAACUAUAUCAGAGUUUCGAGAGAUCCUAGGAACCUGGGAAGAGGAAUGGAACCAUAUCCAAACACACAUCACAACACACAAACACAAGCACACCGAGCGCAUUUUGCGCAGCCAACAAAAUCGGUCGACGCGGCACGCGCAAUAUAAAGUAACACAAUGAUGGUAGUAACACAAUCAAAGCAUGCUUCGGUUUUAAUGAAUUUUUGCAACAAAUAUAAGCUACAACUUCAGCAGCAGCAGCAGAAGCUCUGAUUCCUGUUCCCCCAAAACGCCAAUGCCGCCAAUGUUAAUAGAGAGUUCCCUUUUUUAACUUGUUGUUCGAUGAAAUGAAAAAAAAAAAAAUAAACAAAAACAGAAUAAGCAUAAUGUUAAUCAAAUCUUACAAAGAAAAGCGAGAAAAACGGGCAAACAAAAAAAAACGAGAUUACACAAGAAUAUAGAAGUUAAACGUAAAUGAUUGAAGAAACAUUAAUAACUCAAACACGCUUUACCUUUCAUUUGAUGAAGAAAAAAGUGAAAAUAAAAUAGCAACUUAUUCUUUGCAAGAACGAAUAAUGCAAAUAGAUCAAAUCACUGUUGUACAAUUCAAUUCUGCUUCUUCCUGCCUGCCUGCCGCCCUUUCACUGUGCAUUUUAUUCCUUACCACCUUUACACGACCGCCAUAUCGACGGGGACAGUAUCCUACCACGUGCCGGCGCUCAUCGACCCCUUGUUUUCCCUGCCCCCUAAA